AGCAGGAUGAAUAUGGACGAGAAAUUCUUGAUUGAUUUGGUCUUCUCUUGGUCCAUUUCCGAUAUAUGCAACCAAAACCUCUACAAAGCUGAGGUCUAUCUGAUUCUUUUUGGGUUCAUUUGUACUGUGAUAGAAAUUCCCAAGACAUUUUCAUCUGUGAAAGAAUACCUGGAUUCGUUCAAAAUGCCACUUAUUGAGGAAAUGCAUGCCGAUUUAUCCUCCAGUAUCAAAACACUGUCUAAUGUGCCUGUUCGCAGAAUAUUUUCCAUAGAAAAAAAGAGUAACAAGGAAAAAAAGAGAGAAAAAAAGAAGGCCAGGAGAGAAUCUUUUGUUAAAGAAGAAGAGGAGGAACAAGAGUCCAAACAGAAUAUAUACGAUAUUCUAUAUCCUAAUGGGAGUGAGAUUCUUGAAGAGGACAAGAAAUAUGUUUUGUAUGAACCGAAAGUGGGUGAUCUCUUCGCCAUCACAGAAGUCUAUCCAAAUUUUAUUAAUGAUCUGAGCGGACGCAAAAUGCCAUUUACUCUUGGUCUAGUUCAACACAAAGCUCCCAACCACAUGCCUAAUUGCAUUUCCAUACUUGCCUCAAACAUUAUCAAUCUCGACCGUAUUCAUUAUAAUAGCCUCUUUGUUGUUUAUCUGACUAACAUGAACACAAAUAUGCGGAUAUGGUCCUCAUUGCAUACUUCAAAUACUGAAAGGCAAAAAAUAUUAAAAAAUGUUCUUCACAUCGAUCCUAGUUCUUCUGAUCAUUGUAAUUCCUGCUGCUCUGACUUUGAAGAAAAACAGAGUAAUUCUAUCCCACUUGCUAGAAUUCUGUUAAAUUCGUUUGAUUUGGAUGAUUCACAAAAGGCUGCAGUUUUGGAAUGUAUUGCUAGGAGGGAUUGUCAGUAUAGUAACAGUGUGAAACUUAUAUGGGGCCCACCUGGGACAGGUAAGACGAAAACGGUUGCAUCUCUGUUGUAUGUUCUACAGAGGUUGAAAUGCAGAACACUUACAUGUGCACCCACAAACAUUGCAGUUGUCGGAGUGGCAUCCCGGCUAAUGGAUUUGUUUCGAGAUGAACUCCCAUUAGAUGCUUAUCGGUUGGGAGAUAUAGUUUUGUUUGGUAACUUUGAGAAAAUGAAGAUUCGUGAUCAUGACGAACUUUUCCAUGUGUUCUUGGAUAAUCGUGUUUUGGUUCUUUCCCGUUGUUUGGAUCCACGAACUGGGUGGGUGGGAAGUGCAAGAUCAUUUAUAAAUCUGGUUGAAGACCCUCAAGAGGCGUAUCGUCGCCAUUUAGCCACCAGACAAAAAAAAAUAGAAGACAAUAAAUUAAACAUGAAAACUGGGAAAGACGUAUUUGUUAGUACCAUGAAGGAGGUACAUAGCAUGAUUAGAGAAAGGAUAUUAUUGAUGAAGAAAAAGAGGUGGCAGUUCAUGAGGAAGGAAUUAUAUUAUUACAAUGAUGUUCAAGCAAUGCCAUUUGAAGAAUUCUUUGUGAAACAGUUUAACUCCAUACGAAACAGUCUCAUUAUGCAUAUAGUGAGUUUAUAUACCCAUUAUCCAACAAGUUUGAUAACAUCAGACACAGUUGAAAAGAUGAUUAGACUUGUGGAGCUACUGAGUUCAAUUCAAGAUCAAGAUUUGAGAAAAGAAGCCAAUUUCCUAGUGAUGGAAUGUGUUGAAAUACUUAAAAACCUCCAAGAACUGAAAUUGCUCAAAGGUGUUUCAGUCAAAAGCCUUCGAGGUCUUUGCAUGAAAAAUGCUGUCUUGUUAUUCUGCACUGCCUCCAGCUCCUGCAACUUGCAAAGCCAAGAAAACAUGCCAUUGGAACUAUUAGUUGUGGAUGAAGCCGCCCAACUUAAAGAGUGUGAAUCUACAAUCCCUUUGCAGCUCAUUGGUCUAAAACAUGCUAUUCUUAUAGGGGACGAUAAGCAACUUCCUGCCAUGGUCCAAAGUGAGAUAUCUAACAAGGCUAAGAUGGGGAGAAGUCUCUUUGAACGGAUGGUGAUCUUAGGUAUGCCAAAACAUCUCCUCAAUAUCCAAUAUAGAAUGCAUCCUUCUAUUUCCCUAUUUCCAAACAAACAAUUUUAUCAAGCCAAGCUUUUGAAUGGCCCGAAUGUCAUAAAGAGGCAAUACGAGAAACAUUUUCUCGAAGGACCUAUGUUUGGUUCCUACUCUUUCAUCGAUAUUCGUGACGGUAAGGAAGAUUUUGGUGGACAUAGUAGUAAAAACAUGGUUGAGGUAGCCGUUGUAGCUGAGAUCGUUGAACGCCUCCAUAAAGCAUCAGUUGCAUCAAAACAAAAGAUCAGCAUCGGUUGCAUAUCACCUUACAAGGCUCAAGUUAUUGCCAUUCAGAACAGGCUCGAGAUUUGGUACGAUAAUUAUAGAAAUUUCUCUGUGAAAGUUCGCUCAGUUGACGAUUUUCAAGGUGGGGAAGAGGACUUGAUAAUUAUAUCAACUGUGAGAUGCAAUGUGAAGGGAUCCAUAGGUUUUCUUUCCAAUUGUCAAAGGGCUAAUGUAGCCUUAACCCGAGCCAGGUAUGGAAUGUGGAUAUUGGGUAAUGCUGCAACCUUGAUCAAUAGUGGCUCAAUCUGGAGAAACUUGAUUGUUGAUGCCAAAGAAAGGGGUUGCUACUUCAAUGCCUUAGACAAUAACAAUCUAUCUAAUGCCAUUCAAUCUUCACUUAUCGAACUCGAUAAUCUCAAUUUAUUAUUUAAAUCUGAUUCUCCCCUUUUCCAGGGGGGCAAAUGGAAGGUUCACUUCAGUGAUGAUUUCUUACAGACCAUGAGUAGAAAAAAUAAUUAUGGUCAUUGUAAAGAAGUCAUUUCUCUUCUGAAAAGACUCUCAACCGGAUGGCGUCUUCCUAGUCCUAAUCCUAACAUUAAUGGAACUUGUAAUUCAGAGUUUUUGGAGAUGUACAAUGUCAAUAAGGGGUCACUAGUUCUUGUUUGGUCAGUAAAUGUCAUUCGAAAAGAUUCGAGGUUUAUUCAGGUUAUGCAGGUUUGGGAUGUUUUGGCUCCACAUAAAAUACCAGAUUUGGCCAAGAAACUUGAAGUUGGUGUGUUUAGGAAUUACACAGUUGGUAUGAUGAGUCGUUGCAAAACCUUAAGGAAAGAUGGGGAGUUGGUUGUUCCGGCAACAUGGCUGGCAAAUUCUUCUGCAGCUGAUUCGAAGAUUAGUUCUCCUCUUGUUCAUGAAGAUAUAUCAGAAAUACCACAUCGUCUGAAGAAUGAGAAAACACUUAUUUUAUCUCCGUCAAAAAAUCGUUUCAAUAAAAGAAUGCGAUUUCAACCGUAUAGUAAAGGGUGA